AUGAUGCUGCUUCUCACAGUAGAUGAGGUUCAGCUUGAGAGGAGUCUAGGCCCAGUCAACAUAAAACCCUCCUGGGGUCACGACAGAAGGGAGAGCCACAACUCAUGCCAACGGAACUCCUCCCCAGAAGACAGAAGUAGGGACCAAGAAAAAUGCAGAGCAAGGAAAAGAUUCUGGAAAUCCCCACCUCCUGGAAGAAGGAGCCCUGAAAGAGCUGUUCCCCAGAGUUCUACUCUGGAAGAACCUGCCAGGAAGGAGGAGGAGGAUGAGCAGGACCCAUUGCUUGUCCUAACUGGGGGAGCUUCUAUUCCUCCUGCAAAGCUCAGGAGGAUGCAGGAACAGACCAGUGAUAAAAACAGCUUAGCCUACCAGAUGCUGAACUGGGAGGCCCUGAAGAAGUCAAUCCAGGGCUUAAUAAACAAGAUUAACAUUGCAAACCUCAGCAUUGUUAGCCAAGAGCUCCUUCAGGAAAACCUAGUCGGGGGGAGAGGACUGCUGUCCAGGUCUGUCUUGCGGGCACAGAGUGCUUCUCCAAUCUACACUCAGGUAUAUGCAGCUCUGGUUGCCAUCAUCAACUCAAAAUUCCCACAGACUGGAGAACUGGUCCUCAAGAGACUGAUCCUGAACUUCCAUAAAGGCUACCAAAGAAAUGACAAGCCUCUUUGCCUAACUGCUUCCAAAUUUAUGGCCCGUCUUCUUAAUCAAAAUGUGGCCUAUGAGGUGCUGGGCCUUCAGAUGCUCACUCUGCUACUGGAGAGACCAAUGGAUGACAGCUUUGAGGUAGCUGUGGCCCUCCUCAAGGAGUGUGACCUCAAAUUAACCCAGGUGUCCCCAAGAGGAAUCGAUGCCAUCUUUGAAUGCCUGUGAAACAUUCUCCAUGAGUCUGAGGUGAAAAAAAGCGUUCAGUACAUGACUGAAGUGAUGUUUGCUGUCUGGAAGGACAGAUUCAAGGACCACCCUGUUAUUCUGGAAGGACUCGAUUUAGUUGAAGAGGAUGAUCAGUUCACCCAUAUGCUCCUCUUGGAGGAUGACUAUGAUCCAGAGGAUGUUCUCAAUGUUUUCAAGAUGGGUCCUAGUUAUAGGGAGAAUGGAGAGAAUUAUAAAGCGGUUAAAAAGGAAAUUCUUCAUGAAGGAGACAGUGAUUCAAUCACAGACCCAGAGGCUGGAAGUAGUGAGGAGGAGGAGGAGGAGGAGGAAGAAGAUGAAGAUGAAGAGGAGGAAGGACAAAAAGUAACCGUUCGUGACAAAACAGAAAUGGAUCUAGUCUCAUUUCGCCGUACAGUAUACCUUGCUCUUCAGUCCAGUUUAGAUGUUGAGGAAUGUGCACACAAGGUGCUGAACAGGGAGUUGGUUGAGAGCCAAACACAAGAGCUGUGCAGAGUGAUUGUUGAUUGCUGCGCCCAGCAGAGGACGCACCAACCAUUUUUUGGUUUGUUAGGUGGGCGGUUGUGCAUGCUGAGAAAAGAAUACUCAGAAUCCUUUAUGAGGCUACUGAGAGAACAGUAUGACAGGAUCCACUGCUUAGAGACUAACAAACUGAGAAACAUUCCUCAGUUCUCUGCUCACCUUUUGUGCACGGAUUUACUUCCGUGGAGGGUUCUUGACUGCAUGAAGCUGAGUGAAGAAACAACUACAUCAUCUAGUAGAAUUUUUCUCAAAGUCUUUUUCCAGGAACUAUGUGAAUCCAUGGGCCUUCCUAAACUGAAGGCAAGGUUCAAAGGUGAAACUCUAUAGCCAUUCUUGGAAGUACUAUUACCUCGAGACAAUCCACAGAAUACCCGGUUUGCCAUCAACUUCUUCCAUUUUAUGGGUCUCGGGCGAUUAACUGCUGAGCUGAGAGCAAGUGGGAGCUGCAUCCCAGCUUCUAGCCCUCAGAUCUUCAUCCUCAUUGAGUUAUGUCUCCAGAUCCCCUGGGCUCUCAACAUUGACCCUGACUCAAUUGCUUCCAUCAGCAUCCCUGCUUCCCAGCUUUCAGGGCCCUUAGAUGGGACUUGGGCUCCAUGA